GUUUCGUAUCAAACGCAUGUCUUGUGUGCAGGGAAAUCUUGCACAUGGGUUCAUAACGUAAAUAACUCAAUAACUUAUAUCGCUAGUAAAAAGUUUAGUGGCCAGUGUUCCGAAAAUACUCACUGGAGCAUAACACGAAACAACCCUUCUAAAUAACAACCUACAAACAUUCGGUGUAUUAUAACAAGUACUAACGGCAAAAUUUUCGCGAUUUUUAAAGGACUAAAAUAAUGAAGUGAACAAGGACUGUUCUAUAGAUAAAAAACAUGAAGUGUCGUGUCUAAUAGUGCGUCAGUGUCCGUAGUGAUUUAACAUCAACAAAGUGGGCGAAAAAAUGGUACUGGAAUCGGGGGUUCUACCCCCUCCGCUUCAGCUGUAUGCUGCCGCGGCUGCCCAUCUAGCCCCACGGCCUCCUUGGGCACCCUUAUUGCAAUUCCCGGGUGCUGCCCAAUUAUUGGGCAUGCAUGGCGCCUUUUCCCCGUUAAAUAGACCGAGGUAUCCGCAUGGACUUGUGCCUGGAAUGAGAGCUGCUCCUGGACCUCCCUCAGAAGAUAGUGGAAGUGAAACUGUUGGUAAAGGUGCUGGAAGUAGUGGAGAGGCCGAUUCUGAAAGUGCGGCGUCUAAAAGAAGACGAAGUAGGACGAAUUUCAAUAGUUGGCAACUGGAAGAAUUGGAAAGGGCAUUUAUUGCUAGUCAUUACCCCGAUGUCUUCAUGAGGGAGGCUCUCGCCAUGAGGCUCGAUUUAAAAGAAAGCAGAGUAGCUGUUUGGUUCCAGAACCGUCGUGCCAAAUGGCGCAAGAAGGAACACACCAAAAAAGGUCCCGGCCGGCCCGCCCACAACGCUCAUCCUCAAUCCUGCUCGGGCGAACCAAUACCACCUGCCGAGCUUCGAGCCAGAGAACGUGCGCGCCGCAGGAAAAAGCUUCAAAAAGCUCUCGAGCGACAAGCUCGCAAGCUGCGCGCCAAAGGCAUCGCAGUGGACCUUGUGGCGCUAAAAAGAGAGUACCUUGCGCAGAGGGGCGGUGAUGGGGCAGACAGUGAUAGCGAUAUAGACGUUGUUGGGGACUCUGGGGCGGAAUCAGAAAACUUUAAUAAUAGCGAGAGUGGUAGGUACUCGUCUUCCGUAUCGGAAUCAGGAGUGGAUCUAACCGCAGGAUCACAAGAUGACAAAAUCAGACGGGCGAACCCGUUUAGUAUAGAUUCUUUACUAAACAAUAACACUUGAAAGAGUCUAUUCGAGAAAUUUUUUGUGCAAUAGAUUAUUUCUAGGUUUUCGUCUGUUGUUAGUGAUAUUUUAUUGUGUUAUUUUUUUGAAGAUCAUGAGAUAUUUGAAGGAAGUUCAUAUUUUUAAUUAUUUAUCAAACUUUUUGAUUUUUAAAUACUUCUAAAUACUGGAGUUAUCCGUAAUAAAUUGAAGUAGGUAAAAUCUUAUGAAAUUUUAUCAUGAUUAAAUAAAGUAGAUAUAUUUCAAAUUAUAAAGGCAUUUUACAAAUAACAGAUUUUUAUGAAUUACGUCGAACAAAAUGAAAAGUAGGUACUGUGAAUAUAAAAGUGUAUCCAGUGCGUAGGGUUCUAAACAAAAAAACAUAUUGAAUAUAUUAAAAUUUAUAAAUUGUUAAAACUGAAGCGUUAUAGGCGGCGUAUAAGUAGAGUCGACUAAUUUUAUUUUGCAUUAUUUAUAAUUCCCUUUUUUAACUAUUUUUAUUCGAUUCUAUAUAUUGUUUAAAGUUUAAUAAUGUAUUUUGUUUUAAUUUUCCAAGUGGGCCGGCAAUUGUCAUUGACAAAUAACUAAUAGGUAGGUGUAUAAAGGAAAACAAUUUCAACAAAUCGCUUCGGAAUCAAUUUUUUUUAUUUAUGCGUAUCUCAUCGAAAUAGACGUUUUUCUUUCAUGGUAAUUUUAAAAAAAAUUAUUUCUUUACGAAUUAUUUGCAACGUUUAGUGCUUUAAUUCAUGAUUUUUUGGGCUUUUUCUAAAUACCUGCCGAUUUAAUUGCAAUUAUUCUAAAAGUUUUAUAAUCUUUAAACCUUCAGGUACAAGUAAGAAUAUUUUAACAAAUAUAAUGGUUUCUGCCUAGCUAAAAAAUAGUUUUAAAUUUAAACUAAGAUUUCUACGCUACGCGCACCUGUGUUGCCGCGACCGUUGUACACACUUAGAGGUAGACUGCUCGACAGUCGGGGAAGGAAAAUGGGGAUAUUUCCCCCCUAACAAGGUCCAAAAUUAAAGAAAAAAAUUGUUGAAACAUAUAAAAUAUAUUAGCACUGCUGGUAGAGAAACAUUAUUCAAAAUAUUUGGGUCGAUGUAUUCAGUGAGAUAGAAAUCAUUUAUUGUCAAAAUAUUAUUGCUUUAACUUUAUGGUGUACCUUUUUAUAGAAUUGCAAUUGAUUUGAUAGUUUUUUACAAAAUAAUCUAAAAACCACUAAUUAAGGCAUUUUUUCAACAAGUAAUUGAAAAUAACUGGAAAAGGAAGCAUUUUUCGAAACAUCACCAAAAAAGAAAAGUAUUUCAAUGAGAUUUUUGACGAAGUUGAAGUUUUUUAUGUUAUUAAGUUUAUAUAGGGUGUCCCAAAAGUAGCAGAACGGUCAAAUAUUUCUCGAAAUAAACAUCGUAUCGAAAAACAGAAAAAUAUGUGUAUAAUAAUUUUCAAAAAUCUAUCGAAUGAGAUCAAACCCGACGCUCCACUCCACCCCCUAGAGGUGGGGUGGGAGGUAACUUUGAAAUCUUAAAUGGAAAUCCCCAGUUUUUAUUUUAGAUUUGGAUUCCUUAUAUACACUUCCAAAUGAAAAACCAAAAAACACUCAUUUCAUAUUUUUUAAACACCUAUCGAAUAACGCUAAACAUGAGCCUUCACCUCACCCCUUAGAGGUGGGGUGGAGGUAACUUUAAAAUUAUCAAUAGCAACCUACAUUUUUUAUUGCAGAUUUGUAUUCGUCAUGAAAAAUUAAGCAACAUUUAUUCGAAACAUUUUUUAGAAUUAUUGAUAGAUGGCGCUAAUAAAUCGUCUUUUUCCAGUUAUAGUGCUAUCUAUCAAUAAUUCUAAAAAAUGUUUUGAAUCAAUGUUGCUUAAUUUGUCAUCACAAAUCCAAAUCUGUAAUAAAAAAUGGAGGUUGCUAUUUAAGAUUUUAAAGUCACCCCCACCCCACCUCUAGGGGGUGGGGUGGAGGGUCAUAUUUAGUGUUGUCUGAUAGGUUUUUGAAAAAUAUUAAAAACGUAUUUUCUGGUUUUUCAUUUGAAAGAGUAUUUCAUUUGAAAGACCGUUUCUAUAAUUUGCCUAUGAUAUCACGGUAAAUGAUUUUUUCCGAUUAUAGCGCUAUCUAUCCGUAAUUCGAAAAAAUGUCUCGAAUAAAAGUUGCUUACUUUUACAUAAUAAUUCCAAAUCUACAAUGAAAACUGGGGGUUUCUAUUUAAGAUUUUAAAGUUGCCCCCACCCCACCUCCAAGAGGUGGAGUGGGAGAUCAUAUUUAAUGUCAUUGGAUAGAUUUUUAAAAAUGAUUGAAAACGUGUAUUUCAGUUUUUCGAUCCAAUGUUUAGUUCACAAAAUAUUCGACCGUUCCGCUACUUUUGGGACACCUAUAAGUAGGGUUACCAUACGUCCGGAUUUCGUCCGGACAGUCCGGAUUUGAAAGACAUAUCCGGAUUGGUGUCCGGAUAUGAGAAAUGUCCGGAUUUUUUUCGUUACUAUAAAAAAUAUUUAAAAAACAUAUUUAACAAAUUACUCGAAGAUCUCAAAGAUGCAAAUUUUAUUACGAUUACAACUGAUAGUUCAAACAGAAACGAAAUCAAACUGACUCUGGUAUGUGUUCGUUAUUUUAAGUAAAAUGAACGUGUCAACGUGAAACUUUUAUUUUUUGAUAAACUUCCGGGUGAAACAUCUGAUCUUUUAGUAGAACAAUGUUUAAGAUGUAUUAAAAAGUACUCUAUUGAUUUAAAAGUAGUUUGCCUUUGUGCUGAUAAUACUAAUACUAACUUUAGGGGUGCCAAAAGGCAAGGGCAAAUAUAUGUUUUUUCCUUGGAAUAACCUUGUCCAGAUUUGGCCUUAAUAAAUUAUGGUAACCCUACCUAUAAGGAAUACUAAUAUGUAUCUACACUGAUAGAUAUAUAUAAAAUCUGCUAAAAUAAUAUACAGUCACAAUCACUGAAUAGUUUACACUCUUUAAUAUCCAGUGGCCAAUUUUUGAAUUUUUACCUCGUUUAAACGCACCUUUUACGUCAAAGUGACGUUACCAGUGGCGGACCCAGAAUAGGUUGAAUAAAAUUAAAAAAUCAAAAAAAUAAAUCUAUUUUACAAAAUUUAACAAAACGAAAAGUAUAGAAAGGCAUUUUUUUUAAAAUAAAAUUGAGUUAAAAUUAUUGAGUUUGGCAAUUACUUUUGGUUUUGCGCGUGAUAUAAACGACAUUUUGGACGCUUUUAAUAAAUUUUUAUUUUAUUUUUCAAUACGCACUAAAAUUUUUGACAAGCAAUUUAACAUUUAGUAAAUCCGUACGACACUGCGAUUUUACAGUAUUACAAUAUAAAAAUAAAGGUGUAAACUAUUCAGUGAUUGUAACUGUACAUACGACAUGAUAAAGCAGCAGAAUAUUCCAAACAUAUAUUACCAAUUUUAAUCAUUAUAAUAUAAUGAUAAUAAUGAUAUAAAUAGAGAACAGAAUAAUUUCAAUUUUGGUGACUGUACAACACCUUUAAUAUAUAUGGUGUGUAAUGAAAAUUUACUACACUAUAACAAAGCCGUAAAACUCCUUUAUUUAAGAAAAAGAAGUUGUAGAAUGUGUUAGAAAAAUAUUGUUUACACAAAGUAACUCCUUGCAUUAAGAAAACAAGCUGGACCCAGGUGAAAAAAAUCUAGUCAAGGCAGAGAAGAACGGCCGAAAAAUCAAAGGGAUACAUAUUAUGCGUAAGAGAAAAACAGAUAAUCUACUCGUAUAAUGAGGCAAAUACUGCCCAUCCAGAACCCACGUCCCGUCACUAAUUUGAGAUGGUGUAGGAAUUCUUGAGUAACAAUAAUGAUACAAAAUAUUAAAUAUAAAAUGAAUAGAUUUCCAAAACACAAAUUUUGUUUUUUGAUUAAAAUAACUUAAGAUUUUACCUAUUUACCUAUAUACCUUUAUUUUUUGUGCAUUAAAACAAUAUAAUUUUUAUUACAAACAAUUAUUUUUAUAUAAAUCACCUUGAUUGGUUAAAUUUCUGUAAACAUAUUUUUGGUUUUACUUUAAAAAUAAAGAUUUGCUAUUCAACAAAUUCUUUAAUAAUAAUAUUUAUUUAAAAUUUUUAUUGUUAUUAUGAUUUCUAGUACAUAAUUGUAAAGUAAUAAUAUUUUGUAUAUAUGUAACUGUGGACAUAUCUUCAUUCCUGUACUUUUUAAUAUAUAUAUUUUAAGAGCAAAGAGUUUGCAGAAAAUGGAAAAAAAUUAGUUUUUUUUACAAAUUUUUGGUUAUGUGGAUUAUGUGGAGAAUAUCAUGUAGUUUGCUACUAAUAAAUUGAGAACAUUCCACGAAAAUUUUCUUUUUAUUUAUUUUUACGUGAUUGAGUUAUCAUGAAAACAGAUGUUUCAACAAGCCCUUUCCAUUAUUUUUCUUACGAGUAAACUAUUUCAUUAUUAGGAAAAUCCUAAACAAAUAAGUAGAGAUAAAUAAUUUUCUGUCCUUGUUAAACGAGGAACUAUAAAAAACAUGAGUUACUGGCAAAUAUAAAUAAAUAUCUACAAAGAGUACAAUUUAUAUUUUGUGUCCUAGAGGUCAACAAAGUACAACAAAAAAGAUUUUCACGUGUCAUCUGACGUUUCCAUUAAAAACUUAAAAAUUGUUGAGAUAACUUUCUUGGGAACUUUUAUUUGAGUCCGUCAUAAACAUGUUGCUUGAAUUAACUUUCAAAUUAUUUCCUAGUGAAUGAGUGGAAUUACCUGUUUAUGUAAUGAUUUACUAUGACAUUAUAUGUGGAUUAUUAAAACUGGAAUAUUGAAAUGAAAUAUCAGAAAAUAUUGAUACUGUUUUACAACUAAUAAUGCACGAUCUUCAUGUAAGAUACUCGUACUGUAAGACUUGAAGUAGUGUUAUAACAGUAGGUAUGUAGAUCAACUAUAGGUAUAUUGUGUAUUGUAUGAUUAUUUAUCCAUAAAAAACAUUUGUUCUCGUUGGAUUACACAAAAAAAUCUCAAAAAGUGCUGAUGUAUAUUGAUACAAAGAAAUAUUUAGAAGAAAAACAAAAAUUUAAAAAGUGUAUAUAAGAUUAUAACACGCAAUCUUAGAUAUCUAUGCAUGAACUGGAUACUAAACAUGACACUAUGUUGAUGCUUUAAAGUUAAACAAAUUCAGCAAAACUAGAAAGGAGGUAUAUACCUAAAGACGAAUGUCUAACGUUUAAUCCUGAAUGUUAUACAACUAAUAUUGAUCAAGAUCAUGUUUACUUCUCUAUUGAGUAGAAUAACCUUUCUGGAAGAUGCUUUUAUCAAUUCUAAAAACUUCACAUCUCAAUAGACAAGAUUCAUCUUUGGGAAUUUUAAAAUCCACAGUAUCCAAUGGCCAAAAGCGUGGACUGAACAAAACAAUUUGACAUUGUUGCAAAGUUCAAAACUGCAUCAAAGGUAAGUACUAACUCUGUAUUAAAAAGGUAUCUAAACCUAUAUCAAAACUCUAACAGGCUUUUUUGAAAUAUCUAUGAUAAAAACUACCAAAAUACUUUAUAAAGUAUUUUGGUAGUUAUCAAGUAUAACUACCAAAUCAGAAUUAAUGUUAAAAGUGGAAAACUAUAUCGUACGGCAUUGUCAAGAGCAUUCCUCAAUAUGAUAUAAAGCCAGUCAUUAUAUUAUAAAUUAUUAUAAUCUAUUUAAGAGCAUAACCAGUUAAUCUAAAAUUUUAUAAGAAUGAAGACAACAGCAAUUUGUAUUAUGUCGAAUGUAUCAACUAAUUCUUUUCCAUUUUCUCAUGCUUUCUUUGCAUGUAAUUGUUCCUUGUAAAUAUUUAUUAUAUUAUCCUACUUUGUAAAUACGCCAUGAGACCUUCCAUUAUUAUUAAUUUAUUAAAGACAGUUAGAUUUAAGUAAUCACGUAGUUACAGCAAUAUGUUGAACAAAGUUCAAAAUGUCCUAGUUUAGACUGUCAAUACAUUACUUCUGUAAUAUCUACUUAAUGAAUUUUAAUUUUAUCGUUUGUCAUUUUUAUCUGACUCAAAUGCUAAUAUUAUUUUUACAAAGGAAAGUAGCAUAUGUGAUAUAUUAUUUUCAAUAUUUAAAUUCAAUUUAUUAAUAUUAUUAUGUACUUUAGAACAUAUCUGCAAGGUUAAAGGUGUUUAUUGUUUCAUAUUGUCAAUGGGCCACCAAAAAUGAAAAAAUUGGAGAGUGCUACUGGUGCUACCAUAUCAAGGGGUGCGUUUUCGAGAAAUUAUGAAUUUCUCCCUAUGCUGCAUAGUGAAUUAGUCCCUAUGCAUGCAUAUCAAUCUACAAAAAAUUUGUUCAAAAUUAAAUUUCCAUCAAAAUGUCACUUUUUAAGAUCAAAAAUCUUUUUUUUUUACAAAAACAUAAUUUUUAAAAAACGAAGCAAGAAAAUACAAAAAAACGCGAUUUUGGUUUUUGCCUCACAACUUUUUGCCGCUGAGAUAUAAGUAUAGGUAGUAUUCACAGAAAAAAAAACCUGUCCUUCUCUUUUAAAACUGUGUUUUGUAGAAGUCUUUAGGGCUCAUAGUAUCCCAAAUAAGAUUUUUCAAAAUUCGCCACACACACCAUGUUUGUGCCAUUUUCCCUAUUUUUUCGCAAACGUUUUUAUAUACGUUUUUCCACUCAGUUUCAAGUGCAUUUAUCGCGACCCCAUAAGUUGUGAAGGUUUGGUGCGUUUCAGCCUGCAGACUAGGUAUUGAUUACACUGGUCAACAAAAGAAAAAAAUUGUUUGUUUCCUGUGAUUUUUUUUAUGUUUCUAUCUCAAAUUGGCGCAGAUUUUUUAAAUACGGCAAUUAUUUUUCUCUAACAGCUUUUGUUUUUAAGUUAUAGCUAACUACCCUCAUUAAUUAUUUUUACUUAGAUUUUUGUUAUUUAUUGGUCACUAAAACAAAUUUUGUCUAUGCUGUGCCUAUGCGCACAACCGUUUUUGUCACCAGCAUAGCGUGGAUUGGCAACACUGUUAGUUACUAUUAGUAUCAAAAAAGUGUGCGUAGAGUCCGGCGUCAUUAUUGUUGUUAAUUUUGUAAUAGUCUUGCCGUGCAUGUGUUUGUUUUUCCGACUACCGUACUCGGCAAACUUCAACAAUAUGGCUUCCUCUAGAAGAUGUUGUCUGCUUAAUCCAGACUGUUUUUGCUAUAUUUGUGGUGAAUAUAUAUUUAAACAAUAUCGACAACCUAUAUCGGACUUUGUGCAAACUGCGUAGCAUCAAUAUUUUAAU